AGAAAAGGUCAACUGUGAAAGUCCACACCUUUAGUUCCAUCUUCCAUGCUCAGCAAGCUAACACGACCAAAACUAUAUAAAUACCUUAACCUUAUGUCCUAAACAUAGUCUUUUUCCCCUUCAUUUUCUCUUCAAGAAAACUCUAGCCCUUUUCAUAUUAGAGGAUUUGAAUCAAAACCCACAAAUUGAAAAAUCUUUUUUCACAUUUAUUUGGUCACCAUGAAAAGAAGUUUUCAUGAAGCAGAGCUUGAUAGUAUAACCAUGGCGAAUUGCUUGAUGCUUCUAUCCCAAGGGAGGGAAACGCAAUUUCCUUCCUUUGAAGCUAUCAAAAAUAGUGGGGUUAUUAAUUCCCCUAGUCGUGUUUUUGAGUGCAAGACAUGUAACAGGCAGUUUCCUUCCUUUCAAGCCCUAGGCGGCCACCGUGCUAGCCACAAGAAGCCUAGGUUGAUGGGCGCUGGUGGAGAUGGGAGCUCUGAUACUCAGUCGUCUUCUUCUUCAACUCCAGCGAAGCCUAAAACCCAUGAAUGUUCUAUUUGUGGAUUAGAGUUUGCCAUAGGGCAAGCCUUGGGAGGUCACAUGAGGAGGCAUAGAGCUGCCCUGAAUGAUCAAAGCAGCUUGCAGGGUCAUGAUGAUCCUUUGAGUCAUCCGACAAGUUGUAGUGCACAAGUGGCGGUGCCUCCUAUUGUGAAGAAAUCUAGGGUUUUGUGCUUGGAUUUGAACUUGACUCCAUAUGAGAAUGAUCUGGAGUUGUUUAGGCAUGGCAGCAAGGCAGCUCCCAUGGUUAUUGAUUGUUUCUUGUAGAUCAUCUUAAUUACAUGUAAAUAAAUCUCAGAAAUAUACCCUUAUAGCUCAUGAAGUUUUUCAA